AUGGCAAAUCACUAUGAAAUCCCUGACUGGGCUGGGAAGCCUCCAGUUGGUUUGCAUCUUGAUGUUCUCAAAGGGGACAAACUCAUUCAGAAGCUGAUGAUUGAUGAGAAAAAGUGUUACCUCUUUGGUCGAAAUCCACAUCUUAAUGAUUUUUGUAUUGACCAUGCAUCUUGUUCUCGUGUUCAUGCCACCCUUGUGUAUCACAAAAAUCUGGAUCGUGCCUUUCUUGUUGAUCUGGAUAGCACCCAUGGCACAUUCAUUGGACAUGUGCGACUUGAGCCAAAAAAGCCUACCCCUCUCCCAAUUGAUAGCCAAUUCCAUUUUGGAGCGUCGUCUCGCCUGUACAUUCUAAGGGCCCGGCCACAGACAGCACAGAAACCCAUUAUGGAAGAAUUGGAGAGGUCUUCUGAGGAAGCUCAUGGGGAUCUCUUGGGACUCCCAGAAACUGAGAUGGAGUUGGAUAACUUGACAGAAUUCAAUACAGCACAUAAUCGGCGAAUUACAAUGCUCCGACUUGAAGAAGACCUUCAGAAAGUGCGGAAGCGUAAGAACAAAUUUGUGACUUUCAAUGAUGAGGAAGAGGUUAUCAAUCCAGAAGAUUUGGAUCCAAAUGUGGGACGCUUCCGAAAUUUGGUGCAGACGACCGUGAUACCAUUGAAGAAGAUGAAGGGUGAUGGAUUGACUGCAGAGAGUGGAAUGAAGGCCUUAGGUACACAUCCACACCAUCGACCACUAACAUCGCCAUCAUCUGGGGGUUUGUAUCAUGAUAUCCCUCCUGCCUCCCAUAGCACUUCCCUUGGUCUCUUUACUAGUGCCCUUGGUGCAAAACUUGGCCUUCCAUUACCUAACCCUGCCCCUGAUGUGGAAAUAGAUCUCACCCCAGCACCUCAGAUUUCAGCCAUGCUACCUGAAAUGCCUGUUGUUGGGGAAGAGGAACCACGGAAAAAGAAAUAUGCAAAGGAGGCUUGGCCUGGAAAGAAGUCAAUGCCAGCUUUACUAUAA